AUGCCGUCGAUACCAAUUCCACAAGAGAUUCUCGAGACAAUCAUCGCCCAGCUAGGGUUUAUAGGCGACGACGAUUCCCUCAGAGCUUGCACUCUCGUCUCCCACUCAUUUCUGUCCGCCGCCCAACCUUAUCUGUUCCGGACCGUGCGCUUGGACCACAUUGACGACAGAAGAAAGCGGCAUGAGCAUUUUCACAUUCUUCUUCUUGAGAAACCCCGCCUAGGCACAUACGUCUACAACUUGCGUCUUGGGGAUGAGCAUGACGGCAGUUUUGGCGAAACCCCUUCCUCUUGGAUUACGGAUACAGAGUACCUUUGCAAGAUCCUUCCAUUCCUCAACCGGCUCCAGACAUUUUCUUUGUCAUUCAGCUCUGAGAUGACAGAGUGGAGUUCAAUGAGCAGGAACGCUCGUGUGGUUUUAGAAAAUUUAUUCGAGCUUCCAUCCCUCCGAUCCGUUGCCCUGCAGUUUAUAAGUGGAGUCCCCGCCCGUCUACUACUAUCCUUGACAAAACUGGUCGAUUUAUCCCUCUCCUCUGUUCAUGUCGACGUCGAAGACUCCUUAUCAGAAACCACGCAACCAGCGAAUCUUUCUGAGUUGGUCCUUCGUGGUUGCUCGCCUCGCACUAUCCUUACGCUCCAUUCCACACUUCGAAAUUCUCCGAAAUCUUUGCAAAGACUUAUCCUCACCCCGACCCACGACACGAAUUUUUGCGCAUCUGUUUGGGAACUAAUGAGGGAAGGGGGCAGCGGAAUCACACAAUUUGAGUGGCUGCCGUCCGCGCACUACUUCUCAUCCAUCGGGCCUAUCGACAUUGGUGUCCUUUCCGAUAUUCGUGUUCUCCGGUACUCCGCAAGCUUUCGCCAACGAAGCCCUGUCAAUCAACCUUUGAACGACUUCCUUAGUCUCUUGGGGCAGAUGUGCAAACAAUCUAACCGGGUCGAAACCAUCAUACUGGAGUGUCAUUACAUCAAAGGGGACGAUGCGAAACAACCUUCUGUGGAUUGGAAGGCGCUUGAUGCCUUACUCAGGCGAAAAGAGUUUUGUGCGUUGCAAAAAGUAUCGGUCCGGCUCUCAGUGUCUUCGUGCCCAACUGUGGAGCGCUGGAAAUUCAAAGGCGCAUUUGCUUAUCAGUUGAAAGAUACGCGGUCUCACGGUGUAGACGUAUCCAUUGAGGACCAUUGGAGUUCAGCUAUGAGAUGGUUGGCGUGA